AUGGCUUCACAACAACAAUUCCGUAAUGUAGAUCCAACAAUUUGGCUAGAAUUUGCUGGAGAUUCUUUCACAAUUCCGAAACUCCAUUCUAAAGUAUAUUAUUUUACAAUAGGCCAUUUAGAACAAUGUCCUAAAACCCCUAGCACUCAAGCACCCUCCCUCUUCAGUCCAUUCAUUAUUUGCACAGUCUCCUCUGUUGAUCUCCUUGCAGAUCCUGAAACUGAUCAAAUCUUUGCAAAACUACUCCUCACUCCCGUCAUUGACGCAACUGUUGUUCCUCUCGAGGUUAUCAAUGAAGAAGACAAUGGUGAUCAUGUUGUUUCCUGUGCCAAGACUCUAACUAUUUCUGAUGCUAACAAUGGAGGUGCAUUCUCUGUACCUAAGGCCUGCGCCAAUUUAAUCUUUCCGCAGCUUGACUUGACAACUUCAUUGCCGUCUCAAGAACUCUCCGUCACAGAUGUUUGCGGUGUUGUCUGGACCUUUUCCCACGUCUAUCGCGGGAAUCCCAAGCGACACUUAUUCACCACUGGCUGGAGUGCAUUUGUUGACAAGAAGCAACUCGUCGGUGGGGAUACCCUUGUUUUCAUUAAAAACUCGGCUGGAGAGAUAUUUGUUGGAAUCCGCCGCAAAAAAAUGUCUGGUGCCCCUAAUAAAAUAAUCGAUCAGGCGGUUAUCAAUGCAGUAGAAUUGGCUGUGAAGAAUACACCAUUUGAAGUCUUGUGUUAUCCAACUGUUGAUGGUUUUGAUUUUGUGGUGGGAGAUAAAGUUGUUGAGGAUGCAAUGAAGAUUGAUUGGAAAACUGGAAUGAGAGUUACUCACAAAGUGAAGGGAUGCUCAACUUUUCAUGGGACAAUAUCUGCAAUCUCCCAUUCUCAUCCAUGGCGCAUGCUAGAGAUUAAAUGGGAUGAACUCAACGUUUCGGAGAAUCUAAAAUAUGUAAGUCCGUGA